AUGGAUCUGUCUAAGUUUGAGCUGAAUGACACACCUCAUAUGCUUGAAUCAGCCGACAUGGUUGAGGAGCAUGCCGGCAAGGUGAGCAGCAGUGAGCUUGGGUGUACAAGCACGGAUCUGGCUAAUUUUGAGACCCUGACGCUGAACGAUACACCUCACACACUUGAAUCAGCCGACAGGGUGGUAAUGCAUGCUGACGCAGUCGAUGGUGCCAUUCUUGAUUCCACACUUGCGGAGCCACCAGCGCACGAGAAAGAAAAACCAAGGCGGGAGAUACCACGAAAAUAUUGGCCACCCAAAUAUGAAGGUGAUAUAAAAUUUGCAGAAGAACAAGCUCGAAAACAAGCUGAAUCAAUUCAAGAACGAGGACAUUAUACUUCUUCUAAGGAAGAACUUGCUCAAAAUGCGAAUAGAUGGAUGACCGAGGAGGCGAUGGUGGCUUUCAGAAAAUACAUCGAGAGUGAAGAUGAUCUUAAGGGAGUUGAGUAUGAAUUUGAUGAACUUCUCCAUCAAUGUUUUAAUGUGGAGCAUUAUUUAAAGACAUGUCAUCACUUCACCUUUACUGUCAAGAUAAAGAAGCAUGGCUCAGCCGAUUGGACAUCAGUGAUGUACUUCACUGAGGUCCGCGGAAUAUUUAUGAUAAAGGAUUAUUUCUGUUAUCCUUUAGACCCGGAUGAAAAUGGUCAAUGUUAUGCAUGUCAGAACCAAGGAAUGCAUGAGUUAAGGCACCCAUCAGUAGGGAUAUUUGACUGCGGCAAGGAAGAUGCAUCAUUUCCCUACUAUUGUGAGGAAAGUGACUCUGAUGAAUAUCAUCCAAAAAUGGAAUGGAGUGAAUCUGAUGAUGAUAUGAGUUGA